AUGGGGGAAGUGUUGAUCAACAGCGACGGCGGCGAGGGGAUAGCUGACAUGCCGGAGUUGAUGAUGAGGAGUGAAGACAGGACGAAUGACGGUGGUGGUGGCGGUGAUUCGCCAACCACCACCACCAAUAACGUGGUCAGGUGGGAGAAGUUCUUACCCAAGAUGGUUCUUAGGGUUCUUUUGGUUGAAGCUGAUGAUUCCACUCGUCAGAUUAUCACUGCUCUUCUCAGAAAAUGUAGUUAUAAAGUUGCUGCUGUUUCUGAUGGUCUAAAGGCAUGGGAGGUACUGAAAGGAAGAUCUCAUAACAUCGAUCUCAUACUGACGGAAGUCGAGCUCCCAUCCAUCUCUGGAUUUGCUCUUCUCACUUUGAUCAUGGAGCAUCCGGUCUGCAAAAACAUUCCUGUUAUAAUGAUGUCGGCCCAUGAUUCCGUUAGCACUGUUUAUAAGUGUAUGCUGAGAGGUGCUGCAGAUUUUCUUGUAAAACCUGUUAGAAAGAAUGAAUUGAAGAACUUAUGGCAACAUGUUUGGAGGAGACAAGCUUCCACCGCUGGCGGUAACGGGCACCCAGAAGAGAGCGAUGCACAGCAAAAAGUUGAAGCCACUGCUGAGAACAAUGCAACUAGCAAUCGUUCUAGCGGGUACAUGGCUUGCAUCAAGCAAAAUAGAGAAUGCAUUGAAAAAGGAAGCGAUGCUCAGAGCUCUUGCACAAAACCAGACAUGGAAGCCGAUGGACCACCCGUGGAACAACUGAAGGAGCUCACUGAUUUAAAAUGGGCUAACCAAUCGGGGACACAAAACAAUGAGGCAGAAGGAUCAGCAAAGGAUGACACACAGAAAAUGGUGAAUACAUGUAGUCAAGAAAAGAACAUGGCUAUAGAUGUCAGAUGGGAAAAUGUUGUCGAUGCCAAUGUUGCGAUUGGCAAUACUUCUAGGGAAGCCAUUGAUUUGAUUGGAUCGUUUGACAGUUACCCAAAACCCAGUUACAAAAGCUCUUUAAACUGCGGUGCAAACAAGAUCGAUCAUCCUUCACCAAUCUUAGAUCUUUCCCUCAGAAGAUCUCAUCCAAGUAGCUCGGUGAAUCAGUUCAGUGAUGAUAGGCACAGGUUGAAGCAAUCUGAUGUCUCGGCAUUCUCACGGUACAUCAAUAGAACACAACCACCCCUAACCUCAGGAUCUACCAGCAUUUCCAACCAACAGAAGGAUUGUGAAAUCAAUUCUGAUAAACCGCCAUCCAAGAAUGUGGUCGAGCAUAAUUAUGAUACCCAUAGCGCACCAGUGGGAAAUUCUAGGCAUCACAUGAUGAGUCAACAUGGGCAAGUGGAAAGUCAAAGGCAAUUCCCUUCACCAAAAGAUAGAGUGUUUCCUGUUCCAGUUCCAGCAAGAGGGUUAAGAUCUGAGAACCCAGGUGCCACUUAUGGUUCAGUAUUACCUCCUCCCUUUAGUGUGCAACCGAGCUUGAACCAGAUGCGGAGCCCGUGUUCAUCAGAGCAUCAGGAACCAUCCUUGUUUCAAGCACCAGAGCUGCAUUGCGUGAUGGCGGACAGAAAAGCCACUGAUCAGAUGGAGACCGUGGAAGAUAGAGGGAUUAUUUCUUCAGCAACCGAUCAUAGUCUAAGUAGCAGUUUCUGUAAUGGUGGGACGUUAAACCGUCUCAACAGCAUAGGUAGCGGAAGUAACGGUAGUGGUAAUACUCAACGAUCUAGUCACAGAGAAGCCGCCUUAAACAAAUUCAGGAUGAAGAGGAAAGACAGAUGCUAUGAUAAAAAGGUACGAUACGAAAGCAGAAAAAAGCUAGCAGAGCAGCGACCUCGGGUGAAAGGACAGUUUGUACGUCAGGGACAAACAAGUAAUCUUUCACCUAUGGAAGUUGACACAGAAUAAGCUACAACGGAAACUAUAGCCUGAUAUUGGACCAGAUGACAGAUUCUAAAUAUGGUUUCCAGAGAUCCAGUGAGGAGGAUAUAGAAAGAUUACUGAAGAACCUAACACCCAAGAUUGUUAGUUUUGGAUUGUAAAUUUUGUAAUAUAGCAGUAGUUGAUGUUGUAUUAUUCUUUUGAUCACACAAACGGACAUGCUACAUGAACGAAGCCUGGCGGGCAACGGUUGGUUUGUAAGAUUUUUCACUUGGUUCUGACUAGAAAAGGCAAGAUGGAUUUAACAGA